AUGCUAUAGAGAUACUACAACAAUAAAACUAAUCUUUUUUGCAUUAUUAACAAUUUGCCCGUUUGAGACAAUUUUCUAAUUAUCCAAUUAUAUUAUGCCGUUUCACUUAUCUCAUUGUCCCAUUGUCUUAAUUUAUCCUUUUCCUUUUCUAAACUGCUAAUUUAAAAGACAUUCAAACGUAUUGUGGCUGCUCUAGAACCAGAAAAUCAAGAAGAACAAGAAUUUAAAAGGUAUCUGCAUGCUAGGUCAAGAAAACAUUUUUAACAUGGAUAAUAAAGGACAUCUUCAAUUUAGAUAAUAAAAUAGUGAAUAGAAAGAGUCAAGUAAAUUGCAACCGAUAUAGAGAGUAUCUUUCGCUAAGUACGUUUGCUUAAAUAAAACAUUUCCUGAUAAAAGUGUCUCGUCUUAGAUAAUACACCUUGAUAAAAUCUCCAUUUCUCGAAACAUCAUUCAGUGUUCUUCAAAUUUUCUCAAACUCAAGUUACUUUCAUAACGCUUAUUACAAUGUGACCGAAAUUUUUAUAUUUUACCUCUUCGUUGUGAUUAAAUAAAAAACCAAGCGAUACGCAUAUUUAUACGAGGUAAGUAUAAAUUAUUCAACAUGCUUUACUAAUUCUUGAAUUUAAUGAAUUUUAAAUCAGAGAAAUGAAAGAAAAAGUAGAGGCCGAUUCGAGUCAAUGGUUCGUAAGAAAUUCUUAUAAACAAUAUUUACAAUGCUAAUAUAAUGUCUGUUGACGAUCAGCAUGAGUCUGGUGUAUUCAACUAAUCAAAUGCGUUUUGUGCGUGCAACUAAUUAAAUUUAAUUGUCACGCCAUUAAAAUGUAACUACAAAUUAUUAGAGACAAAAUAGUGUUUGUAAAAGAAAUCACAUUCAAUACUUAUUAAUCAAAUUUGAUUGCUCGCACGCACGAUCGCGCAUCAAACUACUCAUACUGUUCAUGAAUUUGUAACUGCAGUUAGAUGUUAACGAGUCAAUUUGUUGAAAUUAUGAGUCAUUUUGUUGAAAUUAUACUAAGAAUUUUUUGAAAUUUAAUUUGCUAAAUUUUUAGUUGUUCCUUUUCCCAGUUUCUAUAAAUAAUUCUUAAUUAUAUGUUAUUGCUAUAACACAGUGUAUUCUGUAAAAUCAGCUGCAAUGUCCAAAUUGAAACUUUUGCUGUUGAAACACAAGUUGAUAGUAACAACACUGAUUGGUGUGACUAUUGGGAUUUUAUGUGGCCUAAGUCUCAAGUAUUACAGCGGAAAAAUAUGGUCUCAUCGAGAUAUCAUGUACAUCAAAUUUCCUGGAGAGAUAUUUCUCAGAGUGGUGAACUGUUUAAUAUUGCCGCUCGUCACGUCCAGUAUUAUAAGUGCCACUUGUAAUCUCACCAAAUCUGGACCUAUUGGACGGUUGGCAUUGUGCUAUUAUCUAACGACUACUACGAUUGGAAUAACUUUAUGUGUCAUACUUGUCGAAACUAUUCGACCAGGCAAAUUAAUAGAAAAUGAAGUUCUACCAAAGACCACAAAAACCUUUAUGACAAUAGAUACAAUUCUGGAUUUGUUUCGCAAUCUCCUUCCCGAAAAUUUGAUAGAUGCAUGCAUACGUCAGUAUCAAACUGUUUUACAUCAGCCAGCCAAUGCAUCAGUACCGAUAGAAGAAUGGCGUAUAACGGGCGAAUAUGUGGCAGGAACAAACGUCGUUGGCUUAGUAUUUCAUAGCCUGUUAAUAAGUUUGGCAAUUGAAAAAAUAGGUGUAACAGGAAAGCCACUGUUGGAUUUUUUUAAUUCCUUGGCCGAUGUCAUCAUGAAAAUUAUGACAUGGGUAACACAAUUGGCACCAAUAGGCGUGUCGUUUCUUAUCGCUGGUCGAAUGCUGGAAAUAAAUAAUUUUAACGAUAUAGUAAGCCGUCUCGGAUAUUAUAUCCUAACAGUGUUUGUUGGAUUAAUAUUGCAAGGUUUUGUAAUCCUGCCUCUUCUUCACUGGAUCGUCACACGUAAAUCCCCAUAUAAAAUUAUAUCCAAGCUCGGCCCAGCUUUUGCAACAGCCAUUGGAACAUCGUCGAGUACCGCCACGGUUCCCUACACAAUACGAUGUUUAGAAGAUCUGGAUAUAAAUCCUAAAAUAACAAAGUUUAUUGUACCGAUUGGAGCAGCGAUAAAUAUGGACGGGAUAGCCUUGUACGAAACUAUCGGGGCGAUAUUUAUUAUACAAUUACGUGGGUUGCAGUUCUCAUUGUUGAAAAUAAUAAUUAUCAGUAUUACAUGUACAGUAUCCUGCAUAGGCGCUGCUGGUAUACCAAGUGGUGGUUAUAUGAUGUUAAUAAUGGUGUUAAAUUCUAUAGGAGUACCUGUUGAAGAUGUUACUUUGAUUAUCGCUGUUGACUGGCUUGUCGACCGUUUCAGAACAACAAUCAAUAUUAUAGGUGACGCGCUGGGUGCAAGCAUCAUAUCUCAUUUUUGCAAAAAAGAUUUAGAAGAGGCUCUAGAAGACGAGAUAUGUCCGCUGAAAGCAAAUGUUUGCGAUACAUCUAUGAAACAUUUCACUAAUAAAAAAUAAAUUUAUAAUAUAUAAUAUUAUAUUACUAAAAUAAAUUUAUAAUAUAUAAUAUUAUAUUAAUAUACAUA